AUGCUUGAUUCUUUUGUUCCCUAUAAAACUAAAGAUCAGAAACUUUCGGCAAGAAGAUCUUUAGAUGCGACAUACACUUACAAGUAUAGAGAGGGAAAAGUUCCUACGCCAGUUCUCUCAAGAAGAAGACAAGCAGCAUUAAAAAUUCCAACGCUUUCAGUUGAAACGGAUAUAAAUGCAAAAAUCAAAAGCGCAGAAGAUAUAUUAAGAGUCAGACCUCCGAAACCAGUUCAACAUUACAUUUUAAAAGAAAUUCGUGAUGCAGAUCGUCGUAUUAGACGAGUGAAAGCUGGAAUACCUAUUAACAAAGUUUUUUCAGAAAGAACAGAUCCUAUUCCACUUCAAAAAGUACCAAAAACGGAAUUUUUAACUGAAGAACAAGCAAUUCGCCCAUUUACAAGCUAUAUCGCUCCACAAAUGGAGCCAAGGUUGCAUCUAUACAAUGUUCAUCCCCCAGAUACAACUACAAUUGGAGAUCUCGCAUCUAACGAAAUCGAAGGAAUUCUUUACAGAAUUAAUGAAGAAGAUAGACUGCGUGACAAUGAGAUAGUAUCGAGUAUAAAUAGAAGAAGUGCACGUAGACACAAGAAUAUGAAAGUUCAAUACGAAAAUUCUUUAAAAUAUGGAAUGGAAGAAGCUCAAAUUCGAGCUAGACGUAGUGCCGCACUUAGUGCAUUAAAGGAAAGACGCACUGAGUCAUGGUGGCAAGAUUUCAUCAAUGAUUUCCCUUCUGAAGAUGUUAAUCCGGAACAAUUAAAGAUCCUUAGAUAUUUAUCUAAAGCUCAAUUUACGGAGCCAGGUAUUGUCGAGUUUCUACAGCUCGCAGAUGACAAAAGAUGGCUUCCUUUGUAUUAUAAACCGAUUUUAAGAGCAGCCAACGAGCAUGGUCACUUUUUACCAGAGUUAAGACUUGGAAUACUCCUUAAAACAACCCAAGACCACAAAAUUGCUUCACAAGUUUCAACAUAUUCAUUAAUGAAAUUGAAGCAAUGA